AGGAAAGGCGAAUUGCAUUGGUCGAAAAGUUUGAGCAAUGACAAGAUUGACAAGAUGCGGAAGGAUGGAACUGUUUUCAAUGUUGCAACUAAGGCUAUACCGGUUAUAGUGACAAGAAAGUUCCGUAGCUUCCAAGCAGCUGAGGCUUCCGUAGAGGAACUUUCGAAGAAAGAUGUAUCGGACUUCGAGGGUAAAAAGAAGCAGCUAAAGUCUAACAAGAAGAGAAAGUGUGAUCAUAAACGAAACGAUUACAAUGAGCUGUGUACAGCUAUCGUGCACAAACAGCACCAGGACAGCGGCUCAACAACAUCAUCUGUUCGCGCAUCAAAGGGUAUUCCUCAGACCGUCGUCUUUCCCCCGGUGAAAACAGAUAAUCUUCCGGAACAGGACGCACUGAACCACGGCUCAUCGUCACCGUUUUUUCCACGAGCAACUACACAUCCACCCUUGCCGCUUGAAGAACCGCUCGAUGUAUUGUUGCCAGUCGCAUCAUCAUCAAAUGCUCCUCUUUUGAUAACACUGGCCCCGCAAAGUAAGCUAUCCGUUCAUCAAAUGCCAACGGUGUCACCCAGUUCAACUAGAUCCGUCGAAGUCCAAAACAACAUCAUAACGCUGCCGCACUUUGAACAUAAGGGAUCGAUUGGUAUUCAUGAGGCAAUACCUGAACGUGAAACAGAACCAUUGGAAUGGACACCUCAAAGAAUUCAAGUUAAAGCUUAGGAAAUCAUAAGUACAUUACCAGGUAAAUCCUAUUUUGUUUAAUAUUUUUAUGUUAUUUUAUGUUCUCUUCAAAUAAGGGUUCAUUCACAAAUUUCAUAACGCCAAA